CAGUGAUUCGAAGUGUCACGUUAUUAUAUUCGUUGUAAAAACAUACUUAAGUUUAAUUUUUGACAAAUUUUUUAAUUUUCUCUUUAUUUUCUAAAAUUUUAGUUCUUAUAAUGCAAAAAAUCUAAAAAAAUGAUAUUUUAUAUUCUCAUUCUCAGCGUUAUUUUAUUGUCACUUUAUCAUUAUUCUAUUCAUCAUGGAAGAAAGGGGAAAUUAAUUAAUAAAAUUCCGGGUCCAAAGACAAUUCCAGUCUUGGGAAAUUUGCAUCAAUUUUUUUUACCUUCAGAUAAAUUAUGGACUGCUCAAAGGGAACUGAGCAAAAAUUUUUAUCCAAUAAGUAGAAUUUGGAUGGUCAAUAUGAGUGGUAUUGGAAUUUGUCACCCAGAUUAUAUUCAGAUAGUACUUUCAAGUACAAAACAUAUUGAGAAAAGUAUUAUUUACAAAUUUUUACACCCUUGGCUUGGAACUGGAUUACUGACUAGCACUGGCGAAAAAUGGCAAAGGAGACGAAAAAUGUUAACACCAGCCUUUCACUUCAGCAUACUUCAAGGAUUUGUUGAUAUUUUUAUUGAGGAGUCACAAAAACUCGUUUAUUCAUUAAAAACAGAGGGGUCGGAAUUUAUAAAAAAUAUUGAACCACUUUUCACAAAAUUCACACUAAAUGCAAUAUGUGAAACAGCUAUGGGAUCAUCACCAGAAAAAAUAGACGAUAAAGGCGAAUAUAGAUCGUCCGUUCAAGAAAUGGGAAAUUUUGUAGUAUAUCGAAUCCUAAGACCCUGGUUUCAUUUGGAUUGGUUGUUCAAUCUAAGUCCAUGGUCAAUUCAUCAGAGGAAAAUUUUAAAAACAUUACACGAUUUUUCCACAAAAAUUAUUCAGGAGAGAAAGAAACAUCACGAACAAACUUUACAGAAAAAUGAAAAUCAAUUUACUGACAAUAAUGAGGAAUUUGGAAAAGAAAGAAAGAGAAUGGCAAUGCUGGAUGUUUUGAUUUCUGCCUCUAGAAAUGAAUCUUGUAUUGAUGAUGAAGGAAUUCGAGAGGAAGUUGACACUUUUGUUUUUGAGGGACAUGACACGACAGCAAUGUCGUUAAUAUUCACCCUUGCAUUAUUAGCCGAACAUUCAGAAAUUCAGAAAACUGCAAGAGCAGAAAUUUGUGAGAUAUUAAAUGAGAGUAGAGGAAAAAUUGGCGUUGGGGAAAUAAAUAAAUUUGUCUAUUUGGAAAGAUGCAUUAAAGAAUCAUUAAGACUGUAUCCUAGUGUGCCAACUAUAACUCGUGUUGUUCACGAAGAUCUUCAACUUAAAGAAUUCAUAGCGCCAGCUGGUUCUAAUCUUCAUUUGUACAUCUAUGAUCUUCAUCGUGAUCCAAAUUAUUGGCCAAAUCCGGAAAAAUUCGAUCCAGAUAGAUUUUUACCAGAGAACAUUAGAACGAGACAUCCAUUCUCUUACGUACCGUUCAGUGGAGGACCUCGUAACUGUAUUGGUCAGAAGUUUGCAAUGUUGGAGUUAAAAACUUGUUUAGCACAUCUACUUUACAAUUUUGAAUUGGAGGCGAUAGAUUAUGCUCAUGAAGUUGUUAUAAUGCAAGAUUUAGUCCUUCGACCCAAGCAUCCUGUACGUGUAAAAUUCACAUCGAUAAAUGAGAGUGGAAAUCGACGUGAUACUGUGAAUCCUGUGAAUGUGAAACACAUUCGAGUUCCUCUUCUGGACAAAAUAAUAAUAAUAAUAAUGGAGAUUUUAGACAAUUUUUUUUACAUUCUCAUUUUUAUUUUAAAAAUGAUUGGUUUAAUAUUAGGAAGUGUUGCAAUAGCUUUAUUAAUUUUUCACUGUAUCACUCAUUAUGAUAAACGAGGUAGAAUAUUAAAUAAAAUUCAUGGACCUGCAGUUCUACCAUUACUUGGAAAUGCACAUGAAUUUUUGAAACCCUUAGACGAAAUUUGGAAGACACUGAGAAAAAUCAAUAAGGACUAUUAUCCAAUUAAUAGACUUUGGCUUGGAAGUAUGCCAAUAGUUGGUAUUUAUCAUCCAGACGAUGUAAAGAUUUUGCUGAGUAGCACGAAACAUAUAGAAAAGGGUGAAAUCUAUAAUUUUCUACAUCCUUGGCUUGGCACAGGAUUGUUGACAAGUAAAGGAGAAAAAUGGCAGACAAGGAGGAGAAUGUUAACACCAGCUUUUCAUUUCAAUGUCCUACAGGAAUUUUCAGACAUAUUUGUUGAACAAUCAGAAGUACUCGUUAAAAAAUUAAAAACCGAGGGAAGUGAAGUUACUAAAGAUAUUGUACCACUACUCACAAGAUUUACUUUAGAUUCCAUUUGUGAAACAGCAAUGGGUACAGAGUUGGAUGAAAAGAAAAAUGAGAAAGAAUAUCGAGAUGCUGUACAAGAAUUAGGGGACCAUUUUCUCCACAGAUUAGUAAGACCAUGGUUACAUCCAAAUUGGAUGUUUAAUAUUUCUUGGACAGGAAUUCGUCAGAGAAAAGUUCUUGAAACUCUGCAUCAUUUAACAAACAACAUAAUAGCUCAUCGAAUACGUUAUCAUGAACAAAAAUCAAAGCAACGGAAAAAUUCCAACUCUUCUCAAACAGAAUUUGGCAUGAAGAAACGAAUGGCUAUGCUCGACAUUCUUAUAACGGCUUCAAAAACAGAAGGUUCUAUUGAUGACGUUGGCAUUAGAGAAGAGGUGGACACUUUUGUUUUCGAGGGUCAUGACACAACAUCAAUGGGUCUUAUAUUUUUUCUGGCGCUUCUUGCAGAGCACAAAGAAGUUCAGGAGAAAAUUAGAAAUGAAGUUUGCGAAGUCAUGAAGCAAUGUGGAGGAAAGUUAAGGAUAGCUGACGUCAAUAAACUCCUUUAUCUCGAACGAUGUGUUAAAGAAUCAUUACGAUUGUACCCAAGUGUGCCGAGCAUUGCUCGAGUACUCCAUGAAAAUUUACAAUUAAAAAAUGGAUUAGUUCCAGCUGGAUCGAAUGUAUUUUUGUACAUCUACGAUUUACAUAGAGAUCCCAAUUAUUGGCCGAAUCCUACUAAAUUCGAUCCUGACAGAUUUCUACCUGAAAAUUCAGUAAAUAGACAUCCAUUUUCGUACGUUCCUUUUAGUGGUGGUUCUAGGAACUGUAUUGGUCAGAAAUUCGCAAUGCUGGAAAUGAAAGUUUUGACAGCACAAUUAAUUUAUAAUUUCAAACUUGAACCCAUUGAUUUUGCUCAUGAAAUUGUACUCUGUCAAGAUAUGGUCCUCAGACCGAUGCACCCAGUACGAGUGAAAUUUGUAACCCAGUCAAAUAAUUUAUUGUAAAAUUCUAAAAUAUAAAUUCUAGUUUUAUUAUUAUUAGUUUAUUAUCUAGUUUUAUUAUUCAUAAUAAUGAUUAAAAGUUUCAAUAAAUAGAUUUUUUUAA